GGGAAGCGGGAUGUCAAUUAGGUAUAAUUUUCGGGAUUGUGUGUUUUACCUUCUCCCUGUAUCUGUUCUCUGUUAUUCUCCCUCCGCUAGACCUCCCUUGGCGCCGCCGCCGUCGCAACCGUCUGAAAGUUCACUUGUUUCUGCUGGUUGAUUCCGUAGCAUCGGAACUAAGCAGGAAUUUUGGUCAGAAAUCAUGGGUACUAAGAUGGAUAACGCACACCAGAGUGAUUUCAUGUUCUGUGAUAUUUGUGGAACGAUGCUUUCGUUUGAUUCCAGAAAUUAUAUUCGAUGCCCACUCUGCAAAUUCAAAAGGAAGGCCAUAGCUAUUGCUGGAAAAGAAAUAAAAUACACUGUGAGUGAAGAGCAAAUUAGAAGAGAGUUGGGGUUGUCAUCGAUCGAAAUUUCUGGAGAAAGAACAAGAUCAAUGGAUUAUAAUGUAAGAUGUCCAAAGUGCUCGAACAAGGGUGUAUACUAUCACACACAGCAGACCAGAUCUGCUGAUGAAGGUCAGACCAUGUUCUAUAAUUGCCCCAACUGUGGAUACAAUUUCACAGACAAUACAUGAAGAACCCAAUGUACCAAACCCCUCUCUUCAUUUCCUUUAGUUACCAUCAGCAAACCCAAAUUUUUCCCCAGCCGGCUUUUUGCUGUUGAUUUAAAUAGAUACCCAUUGUUUGUCUGCACAUACUCUCACUUGUAGCUUGUUCGCUUGUGGCUAAACACCCUCUUUAGGGGUUCCUAUCACUGUGUGGGAUCUACUGGUCCGCCGUCUUUUUCUACAUUUUAUCUUGUUACU